AUGGCAGAACGACGUUCGGCAAAAGAUGGCUCUUGGAGCGGUGUGCGGGUGUUGGAAACUCGCCUUGGAGUCUAUUGCCACCUUAUGGUCGCACAUAAUUCUGGUCCCGCGAAUGCCUCAGUACUACAUCAACAAGGUUUUUUGGCUUGCCCGGGCAGCUCCAAACGAUUGCGCAUCGACCUUGACCUGGACUCGGAAUUGGAUAUCAUGUUUUUGUCUUCGAUUGCCGCUCUGCUGGGUGCCAAAGCGGAGACAGUCACACAUAUCUCCCUGCAGUAUUGCUCCCACUCCGCCUGGGACAUCUUUGUUGACCACUUAUUGGCCGUCAAACCUCAACCAACCUUCGCCUCGCUCGAGGAAUUCUCCGCCACUCCGAUCUCUUUGGGUGAAUGUGAAUUUGACAUCGAGCCCCCUCCGUUGUUGGGUCUUGCCGUUGGAUUUUGCCAUCUCAAUGAGUCAUCUCCUCGCCCAUUUUUAGUUGCCCCUCAUAUCACAUCAUUGGCCUUGACACAUGUCAAUGGCCCCGUCGCUCCGAUUUUGCUAUGGACCUACUCGACUGCCUUCGCCAGACUCCCAGCCUCGAAACCCUUGCUCUCGAUAUCAAUGAGCCCCUCGUUGCCAAGUCUACUUCCCACCAUCCAAUCAUUCUUCUUCGCCUGA